AGAGCGCGGGGCGAGGCGGUGCCGUGUGCAGAGCCCGCCCCUCGCUGCGAUUGGCCGGCUGUGCCGUCAGUCGUGGUUGUGGCGCGCUGAUUGGUGAGAGCGGGGCGAAGCACGGCCCCGCUGGCGGCCUGAGGGCGGCCCUGGCUGGGCAGCGGCGCCAUUGGCGGAGCGUCUGUGCGGGCCCGGGAGCGGCGGCAGCGGCCGGAGGCCGGGGAGGCGGCAUUGGCGGAGCUGGGAGGCGGCCCCGGCGCAGGAUUUGUCGUUGCCAGAGCGUGGCUGGAUGGAGGAGGAGGAAAAGCCCCAGAGAUCCUGCAGGAGGAGUGGCUGCAAACCCAGCCCAGGGAGCUGCGGGAAGGAAAGAGCCCCCCUGAGCCAGGAAGGCGGCCAGAGAUCCAGCCAGAGCUCGGAGCUGGUGGAGAAGGCUCAUGGCAGGGAGAAGCCACACAGGUGCUUGGAAUGUGGGCAGGGCUUCAGCCGGAGCUCCAAGCUGAUCCGGCACCAGAGGAUCCACACUGGGGAACGGCCCUACGAGUGUGGGGAGUGUGGGAAGAGUUUCCGAGACAACUCCCACCUGAUCCAGCACCAGAGGAUCCACACUGGGGAGCGGCCCUAUGAGUGUGGGGAGUGUGGGAAGAGCUUCAGAGACAGCUCCAACCUUAACCAGCACCAGAGGAUCCACACUGGGGAAUGGCCCUACAAGUGUGGGGAGUGUGGGACGGGUUUCAACCAGAGAUCCCACCUGAUCCGGCACCAGAGGAUCCACACUGGGGAACGGCCCUAUGAGUGUGGGGAGUGUGGGAAAAGCUUCAGAGACAGCUCCCACCUGGUCCGGCACCAGAGGAUCCACACUGGGGAACGGCCCUAUGAGUGUGGGGAGUGUGGGAAGGGUUUCAGAGACAGCUCCCAUCUGAUCGAGCACCAGAGGAUCCACACUGGGGAACGGCCCUACGAGUGUGGGGAGUGUGGGAAGGGCUUCAAAGAGAGCUCUGGGCUGCUCCGGCACCAGGUGAUCCACACUGGGGAACGGCCCUUCGAGUGUGGUGAAUGUGGGAAGGGUUUCCGAGACAGCUCCAACCUGAACCAGCACCAGAGGAUCCACACUGGGGAACGGCCCUACAAGUGUGGGGAGUGUGGGCUGGGUUUCAACCAGAGCUCCCACCUGAUCCGGCACCAGAGGAUCCACACUGGGGAACGGCCCUACGAGUGUGGGGAGUGUGGGAAGGGCUUCAACCAGAGCUCCAGCCUGAUCGAGCACCAGAGGAUCCACACUGGGGAACGGCCCUACGAGUGCUUGGAAUGUGGGAAGGGUUUCAACCAGAGCUCCAAUCUUAUCCAGCACCAGAGGAUCCACACUGGGGAACGGCCCUAUAAGUGUGGGGAGUGUGGGAAGAGCUUCAGAGAGAGCUCUGCGCUGCUCCGGCACCAGGUGAUCCACACUGGGGAAUGGCCCUACAGCUGCUUGGAAUGUGGGAAGGGUUUCAGCCGGAGCUCUGAGCUGAUCCGGCACCAGGUGAUCCACACCGGGGAACGACCCUUUGAGUGCUUGGAAUGCGGGAAGGGCUUUGGGUGCCGCUCUGCCCUGAGAGCACACCAGCGCAUCCACACUGGGGAGAGGCCCUACGAGUGUCCUCAGUGUGGGAAGAGGUUUCAGACCAGCUCCGAUCUCCUCGUACAUGAGCGGAUUCACACAGAGGAGAGGCCCUUCCGCUGCUCUGACUGUGGGAAGGGCUUCAAGCAAAACUCCCAUCUCACCGUGCACCAGCGCGUCCACACCGGGGAGAGGCCCUACGAGUGUCCCCAGUGUGGGAAGAGGUUUCAGAGCAGCUCCGAUCUCCUCCUACACGAGCGGAUUCACACAGAGGAGAGGCCCUUCCGCUGCCCCGACUGCGGGAAGGGCUUCAAGCGAAACUCCAGCCUCACCAUGCACCGGCGCAUCCACACCGGGGAGAGGCCCUACCAGUGUGGGGAGUGUGGGAAGAGCUUCUCCAGGAGCUCAACCUUGACAAAACACCAACAGCGGCGCCACUAAGGGAAGCCCUGUGAGUGCCCUGAGUGAGGGAAGAGCUUCGAGUGAGGGAGGAGAGUGAGGGCAGAGCUUCGUGCGCUGCUCCAGCUCCAUCCCCCAUGGGAGGCUCCGGGCUGGAUGAUCCCCGGUGCCCCCUGUUUGGUGGAGCCCUGGUGAUCCCCAUUGUGUGGGGGGAAGGUGUUGGCUUCUUCUCCUUGUGCUGCUGUGAUUUGGGGUAGUUCCCAUGGAUG